CAGCGAGAAGUGCGCAUGCCCACUUGCAAGGACUCGCUCGUGCUCAUCAACCGCGCACCGUUAUCCAGGCCAAGCUGUCAUCUACUGACCAUCUUCUCCAGCCGACAACCGUGUCUCUCCCAGCCAUACACGAGGGGCCUUGGUAAACCCCUCAGCGGGCCAAACGCAGAAGAUACUUCCUCUUUUAUUUCAAAGCGGAGAAACAGCGUUUACCCAGGAAUUUUCUCUGCAGUUACAAGAAGGCACAAGAUGAAGUUGGACAGGGGUUGGAUGUGGCGCAUGCUGCUCCUGUCCUCCCUGGCUGUGGCCGCAAUAGUGGCCCAGGAGAGGCUGUCAGAGGCUGAUGUCGCAGACCUCGAUGAAGAUUUGGGCUUGGAUGAGGAAUUAAAGGUUCUUAUGGCAGAAGAGGAGGAAGAGGAGGAGGCAACAGUGAUGGACGAAGAGCAGUCGGAUGAGACAGAUGACAAGGGCACAGCAACUGAGAAGGGUGGCAGCGCUGAAACAGAUGUCUCCUUCCAGGUAACAUACACGACUCCUGUUCCCACUGGAGACGUGUACUUUGCAGAUACGUUUGAUGAUGGAUCACUGGGCAGAUGGCAGCUGUCAAAGACAGUUAAGGGGGACGCAGAUGAUGAAAUCGCCAAAUAUGACGGGAAGUGGGCUGUGGAGCAGUUGAAGGAGAACAAGGUUCCAGGAGACCAGGGCCUGGUGCUCAAGUCCCGGGCCAAACACCAUGCAAUAUCCGCAAUGCUGGACAAACCCUUCGUCUUCCAGGAUGAGCCUCUGGUCAUUCAGUAUGAGGUGAAUUUCCAGGAUGGUAUUGACUGUGGUGGAGCAUAUAUCAAACUGCUUUCAGACACUGAUGAUCUCAAUCUGGAGCAAUUUCACGACCGUACACCCUAUACCAUCAUGUUUGGACCUGACAAAUGUGGCGAGGACUACAAGCUGCACUUCAUCUUCCGGCACCAGAAUCCUCUGAACAAAGACAUGGACGAGAAGCACGCCAAGAGGGCCGACGUCGACCUCAAGAAGUUCUACACUGACAAGAAGACUCACCUCUACACAUUGGUGCUGAACCCAGACAACAGCUACGAGAUGUUGAUCGAUCAGUCCAGUGUGAGCCGUGGGAACCUGCUGCACGAUGUGGUGCCUCCAGUCAACCCUCCCAAAGAGAUGGAUGACCCAAAUGACUCCAAGCCUGAGGACUGGGACGAGAGGGCCAAGAUUCCUGACCCUGAAGCUGUCAAGCCUGAUACCUGGGAUGAGGAUGCACCUGCUAAGAUUGAGGACCCUGACGCUCUGAAGCCCGAGGGCUGGCUGGAUGAUGAACCAGAGUUUGUCCCUGACCCUAAUGCAGAGAAACCAGAGGACUGGGAUGAGGAGAUGGAUGGAGAGUGGGAGCCACCACAGGUUCCUAACCCAGCCUGUGAGACAGCCCCUGGCUGUGGGGAGUGGAAGCGCCCAAUGAUCAACAACCCUCAGUACAAGGGCAAGUGGAAAGCCCCACUGGUGGACAACCCCAACUAUCAGGGGGUCUGGAAACCUCGUAAGAUCGAUAACCCGGAUUACUUUGAGGACCUGCAGCCAUUCAGGAUGACACCUUUCAGAGCUCUGGGCUUGGAGCUGUGGUCCAUGACCUCGGAUAUCUACUUUGACAACUUCAUUAUCACCUCUUACAAGGAGGUGGCUGACCGCUGGGCUUCUGACAGCUGGGGACUAAAGAAACUGGUGGCCAGCGCUAACGAGCCGGGAAUUUUUGCUCAGCUGUUGAUGGCAGCAGAGGAACGACCGUGGCUUUGGGUGAUCUACAUACUGACAGUAGGCCUGCCCAUAGGAUUGGCUGUGCUCUUCUGCUGGCCUAAGAAAUCAGAAGAUGACUACGUGUACAAGAAGGUGGAUGUGCCCCAGGCUGAUGUAGAAGAGGAAGAGGAGGAAGAGGAGGAAGAGGAGGAGGCAGUAGCAGAUGAGGAAGACAAAGCAGCUGAAGCUGCAGAAGGAGCAGCAGCCGCAGCAACAGAGGAAGCCGAGGAGGAUGCUGCAGAUGCAAGAGGGGACAAUCUAGAGGUGGAUGAUGAAGAAGAAGAGGAGGAGGAGGAGGAGGACGAUGAGGAGGAAGAGGAAGAGGAGGAGGAGGAGGAGGAAGAGGAGGAAGGAGAAGAGGAGAGCAAAGCUCCAGAGAGAACAUUAGAAGAUGAGCCAAAGGAGGGAGGAGAUGUCGGUGAAGAGAGCCAGAAACAAGCUGUGAGAAAGAGGAGGGUACGGAAAGACUGAAGAGGUGAACCCCACGCCUACUGUCUCCUUGCCCUCCCAAUGGAAAGGAGGUGGAAGGGCCAUAUCUGCCGCUGCCCCCUACCCCACCCGCCACCCCUUUUGAGCGGAGCAGCAUGUAAUUCCUCCAAACCACCUGGUAGCCUGCAUUCACCCUGGCUGCCCCAUCCACGUCUUCUCCAUCCCUCGGCCACACCCACCACAGGUCUGCAGUCUCCCAAACCACAUCCUAUAUCAUUCCUCAUCCCGUCUCUCCUCUUCCUGUCUGCUCGCUCAACUAUCAGAUGAAUUCCAUGGAGAUUUUGUGCAUUUAGCUGAUUUCCUCCCUCCCUCCUGAGCUUCUACACUUUCUUCAUUCUUCUCCCCCCUCUAUAAGCCAUUGCUGUCAAAAUGCCUGUCAGCCUGAAAAUCCCACGCCUCUUCCACCUCUGUUCCUGUUCAGCCCGUCUCCGCUGUCAGUCUUCUCUCUGAGUAUACGCCAUCAUAGAUCUACCACUGUCCCCUCUGAGAGUGAAGGCAGCACUGAGUGUCUGCACUGCUGUCGAUUUCCAGUUGUUUGUACCAUUUUACAACAUAUCAUAGGGGCCACAUCUCAGAAGUUAGACAUUAUUGUUGUGUCCUUUGUUUUAAAGAACUUGUGCGAGGACACUGUUUGACAAAGUUCCUUCCUUGUUUGAAAUCGUUCGGGUUUCGAGAACAGGCCAGGAGGAGAGGAUGCCGGGCUGUGAGGAAAGGCUGUUUGAGAUGUUACUGCAGUGUCAGGGCAUUUCAGUGAAGUCGCCUCAGCUUAGGUUUAAAAGAUUACCUCUUUAAAAAUGGAUGUUCUGUUUAGAUUUUAGCUAGUUUGUCAGGAGCAUCAGUUACUUUUAUGUGUUUUUUACUAAGUUAUCGUAAUUUAAGAGUUGAGGAUUAGCAUUGAUAACCCUAUUUAUUGGUUUUAAAAUUUAAGCCAGUAUGAAUAAAGAUUUCAUAAUGCAGUGUUUUGAGUGACUUGAGGCAGUUUUCUUAAAGAUGAUAUACCGCUGAUGAGCUUAGUCUGAGCCCAGGCUUGUACGAAAUAUUUUUUAAAAACUGACAUUGUCAGCGCUUGCAGCAAAAACAGAUUAUCUUGAAAACCUCUACCAUCAACUGUCAAAAAGACAGAAUAAAUGUGGAUUUCUGCAGCAAGCAGCUGGAUAUUAAACCUGUGAAGACAUGUCUCAUUCAGUCAGUACACAGCAGUGCUUUCCGAUAACGUCUAGACUAGCUGGAGUUCCGAUCUAGAUUGUUAACUGGGGAAGACGAUGCUAAAUUAUUUGUUUUAUAUUAUUGUCUCAAGCUUUUGUAGUUCACAUUCUCGCCAUAUGCUGGCAGAUAUCCCUGUUUACAUUUGUUUGCAAAUUGUACAUUGCUCUUGAAAAUAAAACUAUUUAAUACAAAGAAAAUUA